AUGGCGUCCGUGGUCAAAGGCAAAAUCCUGGCGAUUAUUGGCGAUGAAGACACAGUCGUUGGGUUCCUCCUGGGCGGCGUUGGCGAAUUAAACAAGGCCCGUAAGCCCAACUAUCUGAUUGUUGACAAGAACACUGGUGUUGCGGAAAUUGAAGAUGCCUUCAAGUCGUUCUGCGCACGUGACGAUAUUGCCAUCAUUCUAAUCAACCAGCAUGUCGCCGAAAUGAUUCGUUUUGCCGUUGACCAGCACACCGCCAGCAUCCCGGCCGUCCUCGAAAUCCCGUCGAAAGAGGCUCCAUAUGAUCCCAGCAAGGACAGCAUCCUCAACCGAGCACGGGGCCUUUUCAACCCUGAAGAUUUCCGC